AAUUUUGUCAAGUGAUUGUAAAAUAAGCGCAAAGAAGUGGUUAUUUUAAGUUGGGGGUGUUAAUGGUAAGAUGGGCGAUGGCGAGGGACGCGAAAAGCCGGAAGAGACGAAAAAGAUCGUGCACACUUACCCCCUUAUAAGGCAUUCAGAUAUGCCUGAGGAAAUGAAACAAGAAUCAAUGGAGCUGGUGGUGACCGCUUGCGAGAAACACUCAACAAACAACGAAGCAGCCGCGAGAAUGAUAAAAGAGGAAAUGGACAAGAAGUUCGGGCCCCCUUUUCACGUCGUGGUGGGUGAGGGGUUCGGGUUUGAGAUAUCGUUCGAAUGCCAAAAUUUGCUUUAUAUGUUUUUCGGCGGCAACCUGGCCAUAGUGAUUUGGAAGUGCUAGUGAAACCACAAGUAUUAAUUAAAAUUAUUUAUUGGAUUAUAUAAAAGCUUCUCUUAUUAGUAUAUACUGUCUUUAUAAUAAUAUAGAAUAUUUCAGUCACUUUUAUACAAAUAAAAUCUAUUGACAUAA